CUCCGGCUAUGAUUGAAUCUUGCAUCUGACUCGACAACUGACAAGCCCUACCGUGAUUCAACUAUUUCUAUGCACAAUAUAUUACCCCGCUAUCCACUGCCGUCCACCAUGUCUUAAGACUUCAGGUUUUGGAACUUGCGAGUUCUGUCGUUCGGAACCAAUUCGUAUUUUAUUGACAAUCAAGUACUUCAUAAGCCUUCUCUUGAUCUCAUCUCGUUGAACGGGUUUGUCCAGGACCUUCACAAUGGCGCCAGCUUUGGUGACCUUGCUGGAAAGCAAGCCGCUCAUUGCAGCGCUUGGUUUGGCAACGCACGCAGCACUUGCUCAAGGAGAGCCAGACGCUUCGAUAUGGAUCCUGAUUCUGCUCGGCCAAUCCGUUUAUGCGGCGUUGAAUUUUGCCCUCAUCUCUGCUGGCAGCGUCAAUACCGUGUUCGAUGCCUUUGUCGUGACCACCACCGCCUUUACCGUCUAUUUUGCGACGAUCUUUACGAGCAUAGUGAUUUAUCGAUUCUUCUUCCACCGUCUUCGUCAUUACCCGGGUCCCCUCCUAGCCAAGGUCACUAAGUUCUAUUCCUUCUACCUCACGUGGGGAAAGGUCCGAUACUUCGCCGAGGUCGAGAAACUCCACAAGCAGUACGGUGACUACAUCCGUCUUGGGCCUCGCGAGCUAUCAAUCGCCGAUGUCGACGCCGUCCCAGUCGUCCACGGCGCCUUGAGCAAAUGCACCAAGGGGCCGUGGUACCAGGGCGGGCACCAUAUCGAAGGCUCCUCGCUCCACACCUGCCGCGAUAAGAAGGAGCAUCGAGAUCGCCGCCGGAUCUGGGAUCGCGGAUUCAACGCCAAGGCCCUCAGAGACUACGAGCCACGCGUGAUGCGCCACACCACGCUUCUGAUGGAUCAGCUGAAGGAGCGUGCGGGGAAAACGCUGCGAUUCUCCGACUGGGUGAACUUUUACUCCUUCGAUGUCAUGGGUGAUAUCGGGUUCAGCCGCAGUUUUGGUAUGCUCGAGAAGGGAAAGGAGGAUCAGGUGAUUAAGGAUCUGCAUGGCUCGAUGGAGCCACUGGGCAUUUUCCGAGACAUUGCAUGGUUCACUAACCUGUUAUUGCGGUUGCCGGUGAUUCAAAAGACUCUGAAAGACUUUAUGAAAUGGACUUCACAUGUCUUGAAGGAUCGCAAAAAGGUCACUCCUGAUAAGCCAGAUAUCUUUAGCUGGCUCCUGGAUCCGACCGAGGAAGAGAUCCCUCUGCAUCUGAAUGCAGAUACCCGAUUGGUCAUCGUUGCUGGCAGUGAUACUACUGCAUCCACCCUGACGUGGCUCAUGUACGAACUCUGCAAGCACCCCGACCAGCUCCACAAGCUCCAGGCCGAAAUCGACCGUGUCGCCGGCGAAAAGACCUUCCUCACCUGCGAAGACGUCGAGAACUCCCCGCUCCUCGACGGCUACAUUAGCGAAGCCCUCCGUCUCCACCCGGCCGUCCCCUCCGGUGUGCAGCGCGAGACACCCCCCGAGGGUAUCCACAUCAAGGACAAAUUCAUCCCUGGCAACACGAUCAUCUGGAUGCCCGUGCACACGAUUCAGCGGGACGCGCGGUACUUCCCCAAGCCGCUGGAGUUCAUGCCGGAGCGGUGGACCACAAAGCCGGAGUACGUGGUGGACAAGCGGGCGUUCCUGACGUUCAGCACGGGACCGUACAAGUGCAUCGGGGAGAAGUUGGCGAUGAUGGAGAUGCGCGCGGUCAUGGCGAACAUUAUGAGGAACUUUGACGUGAAGUUCGCGCCGAGCGAGGAUUGUGAUGCGAUUGAGAAUCAGACGAAAGAUACGUUUACGUUGACGAUGGGGAAGUUGGAUGUGGUGAUGACGCUGAGGGGGAAAUGAAAGACGAGUUGGAGGCGUGAGGGGUGUUUUGAUAUCCGAGAUGGUGAUGCUUGGUUGUUACCUGGCUGGGAAAUGCUGUGUUUGGACUUGGAUACGACCAGAUUCUUGAAUCUACAGGCUGGACGAAGUAUUUACUUCGUAAUAGUUCUUACUGCUCAAGGAGGUACAGUUUC